AUGGACGAGGUUGAACCUAAAGACGGAGCAGACUCGAGGCUCCCCGCCUCCAACGCCGCCGCCAACAUCCGACCUGGCCAUGCGCUUCCCUUCGUGGCUCCCAGUUCGUACCUCAGGCCCAAAACGAAGCCGCGCACGAUCUCCAUGUCGGAACCGACUCCCAUGAGCCCCAUAGACGAGGAGCAAAUCCAAGGGCUGAAAGGUCUCCGCGACUUCCUCAAGAAACGAACCAGCUACGAUGUUCUCCCAUUGUCAUUCCGAUUGAUCGUCCUUGACAAUGACCUUCUCAUCAAGAAGAGCUUGAACAUCCUCAUCCAGAACGGCAUCGUCUCUGCGCCAUUAUGGGACUCGCAGAACUCCCGGUUCGCUGGCCUCCUGACCAGUACAGACUACAUCAACGUCAUCCAGUACUACUGCCAAUUCCCCAACGAGCUCGAUAACGUCGAGAAGUUCAGGCUGAGCAACCUCCGAGAGAUUGAGAAGGCAAUCGGCGUCCACACCAUCGAAACGGUCUCCGUCCACCCCUCACGGCCGCUGUUCGAAGCUUGCAGUCGCAUGCUUAAGAGUCGUGCCCGACGUAUACCCCUUGUGGACAUCGACGAUGAGACGGGUAGAGAGACGGUGGUGAGCGUCAUUACCCAGUACCGUAUCCUCAAGUUCAUCGCCGUCAACACGGAGCAACAUACGUCGCUCCUCAAGAAGACGAUCCAAGAGAUUCGUCUGGGAACUUACAAGAACCUGGCAACCUGCAAGAUGACGGAUUCGGUCCUGGACGUUAUCAACCUCAUGGUCGUACACAACAUAUCGGCAGUGCCAGUCAUUGACAAGAACAACACGGUUCUGAACGUCUUCGAGGCUGUGGAUGUUAUUCCAUGCAUUAAAGGAGGCGCAUAUGACGAGUUAAAGUCGACUGUUGGCGAAGCUCUCACCAAACGGCCCGAGGAUUUCCAAGGCAUAUAUACGUGUACGGAAGGCGACAGGCUUGAAUCCAUUUUCCAAACGAUCCGCCAAUCUCGCGUGCAUCGACUCGUCGUCGUCGACGACGAUCAUAAGCUAAGAGGCAUGCUCUCCCUUUCGGACAUUCUCAAAUACGUCCUAUUCCAUGGUGAAGAGGGUGACUAUUUUCCUCCCUCAUGA